UCCUCUGCAGGUCCUGUUGCUGGCAGCGCAUGAAGAAGAGAACGAGGCCCAUCAGAGGUGCAUGAUGGUCUAGCUCCUCCCACUCCUUCAGGAUGUUGGUCUCCAGUAGUAACGGAGGGCGAGCGCUGACUCUGAAGGGUGUUGAUCCCGAAACAUGUAUGAUCGUCUUCAAAAACCACUGGACACAGGUUUUGAGGAUCCUGGAGAAGCACGACCCCGGCCGUGGCGGAGGCGUCGGUCUGCGGUUCGGCCCGAUCCCGGGCGACGAGGCGAGCGCCGUGCAGAACUACGUGGAGCACAUGCUGUUCCUGCUGAUGGAGGAGGAGAGCGGUCAGGCCGGGGCCAUGGGGACCAUCCUGGAGUUCGUGGUGGUGGAGAACGUGAUGGAAAAGCUGUUUCUGUGGAGUCUGCGGCGGGAGUUCACCGACGACAUGAAGCUGGAGCAGCUGCGCAUGUACAAGAUGUUGCUGGCUCAAGCCAAACAACCCCUGCUACACCACAAACCCAUCCUCAAACCUCUGAUGAUGCUGCUGUCCGCCUGCUCCAGCUCCUCCACUGUGGGGCCCACUGCUCCUGGCAAAAGCUACAGCUCCUCCACCGUGGGGCCCACUGCUCGUUGCAAAAGCUACAGCUCCUCCACCAUGGGGCCCACUGCUCGUUGCAAAAGCUACAGCUCCUCCACAUUGGGGCCCACUGCUCCUGGCAAAGGCGGCAGCUCCGCAACAGGGCCCACCUGCACCAUGGGGCCCACUGUUCCUGGCAAAAGCUACAGCUCCUCCACCGCUGAGCUGGUGUCUCUGCUGCAUCAGCUGUGUCGUGUGCUGGUGAAGGAAGCCUCUGUGCUGGAGCUGUUCUUCCACAGCAGUCAGGAUCAGGGAGCCGCAAACUUUCUGCUGUUCUCGCUCCUCAUUCCCUUCAUCCACCGCGACGGGACGGUCGGCACGCAGGCCAGAGACGCCCUCACACUCAUCAUGAGCCUCUCGUCUCAGAACGGCUUGGUGGCCAAACACAUCGUGGAGAACACGUACUUCUGCCCGGUGUUGGCUACAGGUCUCAGUGGUCUGUAUUCGGGUCUGCCGGCUAAACUGGAGGUUUACAGUGACGGCUGGUUCUGUCUGGAGAAACACGAUUGGCUGCAGGUUCCAGCGCUGUUUCAGUUCCUCAACUCACUGCACUUCUGCUGCACCGUGUGCAAGGUGGCUCAUCCGUCUAUCAGAGAUCAGCUUCUGGGCUACAUCUAUAAUGGUUUUCUAGUGCCUGUCAUGGCUCCUGCACUACAUAAGUUGACUCUGGAGGAAGUGAUGACGACGACGGCGUAUCUGGAUCUGUUCCUGCGCAGCAUCUCUGACUCCGCCCUCCUGCAGACCUUCCUCUUCUUCAUCCUCAGGCAUCGCCAUGACAACGUCAACAUCCUGGAUACGCUGGUCAGCAGGAUCAACACUCCGUUUCAGCUGGGUACGGUCUCUCUGGCUCUGUUCCGCACUCUGAUUGGUCUGUAUUGUGAAGACGUCAUGUUGCAGUUGAUUCUCAGGUAUCUGAUCCCCUGCUCUCACCUGACGUGUGCUGAGAGACACCGACUGAGAGAGAGAGACUGUUACUCCAUCACUGCGUCAUCCCUUCUCUCUCUCACUCCCUCGUUCUUCAUUCCCAAACCCUCUCUGGCUCCGCCCCCCAAACCCGACUACAUCCUCUGGUCAAAGGUCACCGAGGGCCUGCUGAGGGGGAACAUGGGAAUGGAGGAUCUGUUCUCCGGUGGCGACAGCGUGGGAUUUUCCCGAAUACCUUCGUCCGAGCCCUUGAUGGAUAAGAACUAUCUCCAUUACCUGUAUGACGGGCGCAGGGCCGUGUGUGUCGGCGUCCAGGCGUGUGUCGUGUGGUCGAAUCCCUACGACGGUCUCAAUCCGUCACCGGACGAGUACGAGGAAGAGGACGAGAGUCUUCCUCUCUCAACUCAAACACACACACCCCAUGCGGCGUCGGAAACCAGCGAACGAGUCGAGCUCGAGUGGGACGACACUUACGACGCCUCGCCUGACGAAGAGCCGAUCCCAGAAAACAUGAUCCCGGACGAGCCCCCGAAACACAUUCAAGAAAUGCGUAAAAGUGCAAUCAUGCUCAUUAAAGGAUCUUACAUCGAGGAGUCCGACUUUCAGGACGACGUGCUUGUUUAUAAUCUCAUCGCGCAGAAAGAUGCGCGAGACGACCGGCGGAUAUCCGUUAAAAACGGUUUGAACAAACUUGCGCACGCUAAUCACAUGACUAACGAUGCUAAUCCAGUUAAUUAUGAAUCUGAGCCGCUCGCUUUCGCAAACGGAUUUGCUUCUGAAGAACCGAACCUGGAGCUUGAAGCUGAAGCUAAUAAUCUGGCGGAGAUUAGCAUCGAGAGCAAAACGCCCGCGGACGACUUUAUCUCGCAGUGUCUCGAGCUCAUUCGAGAUCUGGGCGGAGGAGAAGAAGAGGAGGAGGAGGAGGAGGAAGAGCACGAGCGGUGGAUGUGUGAGGAGGAGGAGGAGGAGGAUUUCAGCUCUCUCUGUGACGAUCAUAAAGAUGAAGAUGACGAGGAACCGAGCAGAAACCACAGCGGGAAACACGGGAUCUCGUUUACAGGGCCGUUCAUCAGCGUCCUUCUGUCUCGCCUGGAGAACAUGCUGGAGAACUCGAUCGAGGUUAAUCUGCUGGUGACGGGGCUGUUAGCUCAUCUGGCCUCGUUCCCACAGCCGCUGCUGAGAGGCUUUCUGCUGAACACCCGGCCCGGCCGGCGCUCGCUCUACCAGGUUCUGCAGUCGGUGUGUGUUCAGAUCGAGCAACACGCGGCGUCCCGUCCCGAUUUCCCCGAACUGGUCCGUGAAGCCGCCCAGUACCUGCUACUCAAAGACCAGGCCUUAAAAGAGCAAGAGAGAGAUGCGCACCUGCAGGAUAAUAACAGCACCGGCUGGCUUCUGAACGGACUCGUCCCGGGUCGUCCACGCACGCCUCUCCCUCCGUGUCCCCGGAUCCCUCCGGCGCUGCGCCACAGGGUGUUCGCCACGUUCCUGUUCGCAGAGUUCCUGAAGGAGCUGGCGGCCAUCGCCCAGGAGCACGCCAUCGUCCCGGAGGAGUGA